AUGUUGGCGUUGUUGCGUUUAGUUUAUAUUAUUUAUUACGGAAGAAAAGGACUUGUUGGAUCGCUACGUAGUGGCAAAACAUCACUUGUACAUCGUUACCUAACUGGCGCUUACACAAACGAAGAGUCACCUGAAGGAGGUAGAUUCAAGAAAGAAGUAGUACUCGACGGUCAAAGUUAUCUAUUACUCAUACGAGACGAAGGAAGCGCUUCUCCAGAUUAUCAGUUUGCCCAGUGGGUGGAUGCUGUGAUAUUUGUAUUCUCGCUGGAAAGUCAAGAAAGUAUUGAAACCGCUUUUCAUUACUACGAACAAAUGGCUAAAUAUCGGAAUAUUACAGAAAUACCUGUAAUAAUGGUUGGAACUCAGGACGCAGUAACGGAAUCAAAACCGCGCAUAAUUAACGAACAAGAUGGGCGUCAAAUGGCUAAAAAUUUACCAAAGUGUUCAGGUUAUUAUGAAGCAUGCUCAACAUAUGGAUUAAACGUAGAUCGCGUGUUCAAAGAUGGUGAGUGUUUGCCAGUUUAUCGCGAUUUUAGUUACAAUAACCGUAAUGAAAGAAAUUUUUAA